AUUGUGCGGCGCUUUAAAUUGGUCACCUGCCAGCGAAGCGAACUCAGAAACGAACUGAACCGCCAUGAUGGAGGUUCCCUGCAAAAUUUUAGCAGUUUGUCUGCUGCUCGUCGGCGCUCAGGCGUUCACCGCCGUUGACGCAGCCAGGAGUUCCAAGGAGCACACCUGGCAGUCCCUGUUCUUCGAUGCUGUGACCGGAAAGCUGCAGCAGCCGAUGGCCGAUGAGCUCCUCGAAUACGAGGACUGCACUGCCCUUUACACUGUGGACAACAUCGAGAUCCUGCUGGUGGCUGGCUACAAGAUUCGUCGUUGCGGCAACUUGGAGUCCAAGGAUAUUGAGAGAUAUUUGGAACGCCAGGAUGCCGUCUACACGAAACGCAAUUUCGAAAGGGAGUUAGUCAGCUGCGCACUUCGCGAAUCGCACCAUGACAACCGGCAAUGCUACGUGGAUACCGUUCUGAAUCUAUUCAGCUCGGUGCGUCCUUACCGCUACGAUCGUCGCCGCCGCAAUGCCUGCAUUCUCCGCGAAGUGGAAAAGGCAGUGAUCAAGCUGAAUGCAGCUUCCAUCUCUCUGGCCAAUUGCAUCGCCCAGAGUCAGCCUCAACCACUGCCGCCCCAGAACAGCACUUUGCCACCACCGCCUCAAAACACCACAGCCGGCGGACCUGGAUGGAACACCACUGCCUUCCCCAACACCAACACCACUCCCAACUUCACCCUCACCACUGUCUCUCCGAACUGGAAUACCACUGCCGAUGGUCCAUGGUGGGGCAAUAACUCUACACAAGGUCCCUGGUGGGGAAACACCACUACUCAAGGUCCCUGGUGGGGAAACAACUCAACAGAAGGUCCAUGGUGGGGAAACAACUCUACUCAAGGUCCAUGGUGGGGAAACACGACUACUCAGGGUCCAUGGUGGGGAAACACGACUACUCAGGGUCCAUGGUGGGGAAACAACUCAACGGAAGGUCCCUGGUGGGGAAACAACUCAACCGAAGGUCCCUGGUGGGGAAACAACUCUACUCAAGGUCCAUGGUGGGGAAACACCACUACUCAAGGUCCAUGGUGGGGAAACAACUCAACGGAAGGUCCCUGGUGGGGAAACAAUUCUACUCAAGGUCCCUGGGGGGGAAACAACUCAACCGAAGGUCCAUGGUGGGGCAAUAACUCUACACAAGGUCCAUGGUGGGGAAAUAACUCCACUCAAGGUCCCUGGUGGGGAAACACGACUACUCAGGGUCCAUGGUGGGGAAACACGACUACUCAGGGUCCAUGGUGGGGAAACAACUCAACCGAAGGUCCAUGGUGGGGAAACAACUCUACUCAAGGUCCAUGGUGGGGAAACACGACUACUCAGGGUCCAUGGUGGGGAAACAACUCUACUCAAGGUCCAUGGUGGGGAAACACGACUACUCAGGGUCCAUGGUGGGGAAACAACUCUACUCAAGGUCCAUGGUGGGGAAACACGACUACUCAGGGUCCAUGGUGGGGAAACAACUCAACGGAAGGUCCAUGGUGGGGCAAUAACUCUACUCAAGGUCCAUGGUGGGGAAAUAACUCCACUCAAGGUCCCUGGGGGGGAAACAACUCAACUGAAGGUCCAUGGUGGGGAAACAACUCUACUCAAGGUCCAUGGUGGGGAAACACCACUACUCAAGGUCCCUGGUGGGGAAACAACUCAACCGAAGGUCCAUGGUGGGGCAAUAACUCCACUGCGGGACCCAACUGGAACAGCACCACCCUUGGCCCCAACUUCAACUCCACUCAAGGUCCAUGGCUCGGCAACUCAACCCAGGGACCCCAGAACACUACCGAAGGACCUUGGUGGAACAACACCACCGCCAGUUGGAACACUACAACCGUUGACGACCGCUCCACCACCGAGGGCAAUUGGUUCGACCACCUGAUGAACGAGAUUGGAUCCCUCUUCUAGAUCAAAAAUGCCACGAAAAGCACACCUAAACUGUUAGGGGAUAUGGUCAGUGGACUAAGCUUUAGGCCAGCAAAUAAAUAAACUUAUCAGCAUUGAAAA